AUGUGCCAAGUUUAUACUACACUUCGAAUAUCGCACCCCGUUUCCUCCGUGGUCACCCUUUCUAACAGAACCCAAAAGGAAACAGCCUCAACUUCUCCAAGUAGAAAUCCUAUCCUCCUCCGAAAAAGCACAUACGCAGGUUUCGACCGUCAGGCCGGGAGGACAUCAAGAAAAAUGUCAGAUUGA